AUGGAAUACAGCAACGUACAAGAUAAUAAUUUAUCAAAGACAUGCAUAGAUGACGAUAAGGUUACUUUAAAAAAAAAUUCUAUAUGCUCAACAGGAAAACAGGAUAUAAUUUUUAAAAAAUUAAACUACAGAAAUAUUGUACAUUCUAGACUUUUUCUUGUAUCUAUUCUAUUUCUUUUAUUUUUCUUUUUUCAAGAUAUAAAUAAAUUCCAAGAUGAUAUAAAAUCAGGGAUUCAAUUCAAGAAUAUAAACUCAAGAAAAUUAGCUGAAUUGGAUUUAAAGAAUUAUAAUGAUGAUUUUCAUGAUACAAGUGAAGGUGUACCUCAUGAACGUGUUUUGUCAAAAUGGAAAGAUUUCCGUGAUAAGCAAAGAUCGACAUUAAAUGAUGAAAUUAAAAAAUGUUUAGAUGAUCUAUUUGAAAAAUCAGAAAUUCAUGAUCUUAGUGAAAAAGAAAGAAAAGAAUUAUGGGAUCAAUUCUUAAAAGAAUUUUUUAGUACUUUAGCUGACACAGAUGGUACGAAUUACCAAGAAAUAUAUGACUUAUGUCGUGAAGGAUUAUGCUCACGUGAAGAUUUUAAUAAUUUUUUAAAUAAGAAUUUUACCUUAUGGAAUUCUAUAAAAGAUGAUUUAAAAAGAAAAUGGGAUGAUUUCUUAAGUACAAAUAUAAAAUUGUUAAAAGAUCAAGUUAAAUUAGUUUCCUAUAAUACAAUAGAAAAUUAA